AUGGAAGAAGAACAAGUAAUAACAUUCCUAAUUGAUGGAGAAGCAGAAGUGAGGCCCUUAAUUUCAAUCCCAACAAGUGCAACUAUAGAGCAACUCAAAGAGAAGAUAAAGGAAUAUACAGGUGUUCCAAUCUCUCGACAAACACUUCUCUACAACAAUUCAAGAUUGUUUGAUUUUUGCACGAUCAAGCGAUAUAAAUUUGGUUCUCCAAUGGUUGGUGUUGUUCUUGAUGUUGCUCCUGCUAGAAAGGAAAUCAAUGUCAAUAUCACAGUCACUUGCCCAGCUUUCAGAAUCAAUGUCAAGGUUAACCCUAACAAGGACACUGUGAUACAGUUGAAGCAGAAGAUUGGAGAGGUUUGGGGCAUUGAGACUAAGGAUAUUACUCUUUGGAGGCUUUCUAGGAAGAUGCAAGAUCAUCUUCCUUUAUGUAGAUACUAUAUCAAUGAGGGUUCUGAUGUGCAGUUCACUAGGACAGGAGAACCUCUUAAUUUCUGA